CAUCACACAGAAUGCAGAACCAAGAGCUACAUAUACUUCACCAGUUCCUGAGUUGGCUCAUUGCUGGUUCUUCUAUGAUUCUUCCUUUGUUUUCGGAAAAUACCCUCUUAUCUCGGUUGACUUCUAUAUUUCUUGGUUUUGCUCCCCCUUUCCUUCUUCUAUCUAUUGGAUAUGAAGCUGUCUUCUAUGGAGCACUUUCUCUUGCACUUAUAGCGGGGUUACUUUUUGAAAACACACUGCUCUAUUUAAGUAAAACUGAGAAGAAUACUGUCUCCAAUAUGAGCAUGGUGGAAAAUGCGGUUCUUGAAACUGAUGAUAGAUACUUGCGGCUUUCUGAUGUGAGAAUUCCUCUAAUUUUUAUGGUACUCUUCAAUGUUGCCUUUUUCGGGACGGGAGUUUUGUGA